AUGCCGGAUGGGCAAGACGCGCAGAGGGGGCAGUGUGAGGUGUUGGAGGCCGACGAGGAGGGGGAGGAGGGAGGAGGAGCGCCUCCUCCGGCGGGGCCUCGUCCUGUUCCCCCUUCCUCCUCGCAUUCCUCUGUUCUUCUUCCUUUGAGCACCUUGAGGAGGAAGACUCGUGAUCUGCCGAACCUCUGCAACUGCCACUGCUGCGGCCUCCGGUUCCCGGACAAGGGAAGGAGGGAGCGGCUGCAACUGCUGGAUAGCCACUGGCGGAUCGCUCUCCUCUGCAAGGCGUGCCUCCGGGCCGUACGCUCCGGGGAGGCAUGCUCCUACUGCUUCGCGACCUUCGCUGAGACAGAUGAGGGCUCCUCCGUCGAUUGCUGCCAUUGCUCCCGCCGAGUCCAUCUCAGAUGUCUGCCGGCGCAGAGAGGAUAUCUCCUUCCGUCCGAUCUCCGUCCUGACUUCUCCUGCAUCGAUUGCUGCCCCUUUCUCAAGAAACCUAGCAAGUUCAAGUAUUCUCGUCCAGCUAGGGUUUCCAUGGAGAACGCGACGACGAGCACCGAAUUCGCCGUGGCGUCUGGGGCAAGGUCGCUGGCAGAGGCCGCUGCACCACCGCAUCCUGCAGAUCCGGCAAGCAGUGCGAUGGACUCGGCUCCCCUGCCGGAGCUCCCGAGAGAUGCAGCAGUUCCCGAUGGGGAGAUGGCUCUUCAGCUUCAUCGGGCUAUGAAUGGCUCGCAGAGAAUCACCAGGAAUUCAUGCACUGCAGAUUCAGACAGUUCGAGUGAUCACGAGAGAGGGCAUCCCGGAAUCAGUCUGUCGAACCAGGAGCCAGAGAUCUGUGGGAAGGCGGAGCUUGCAGCAGAGAACAUGCUCCUUGAGACCGUGGAGAACCCGUAUGUUGAACCAUUGGAGGCUAUCGCUUCGUCUGAAGGGAAUCCAGACAUGGACCAAGCAAAAUUCCUGAGGAAGAAGCUGAGCUUUCAGAGCAAACCCAAUGGAGCGGAGAUGCCUGGGAGGGGAGGAGAGGCUGGACUUUCCGACGAUCAUGUAGAGCGGAUCGGAGACAACAGCAGCAUCGAUCAUUCAUCACCCUCGCUUCCAGUGCCCGAAUUGCCAAGCAUCGACUGCUCCAAAUUUCCCCAGGAAUGGAGGCCGUGUUUACCUGAUCGAUAUAUGAAGAAGUAUUGUAAGAGAUCGCCAGGGAAGAAGGAUAAAUAAGAAAAAGAAAGAGGGAUCAACUUGUUUCUCUGACAUGGAUAGCUCGUCAUUUUCUUCUGUGAACCCUCCAGUUCUUGUGCGUGCUACUCCCCAUACGAGUUCUCAGGUUCAAAGGUAAGAGCAAAAGACUGAAGCUCUGCCCUGCCAUUUUUUUUCUUCCUUCACAUCGGUGUAUCCUUUGCUGUCUUGUGAUGCAUGAUUCUGAAGUAGAACAAAACUAUAAAUGUCUUCUUUGGGAAAUAAGAACAGCAUUUUCCCUAAAAAAAGUGAUUUUUUCUUGGCAGGACUUUUGAUGAACUUUGCCAGGAUCUUUCGGGGAAUUCACUUUUGCCCAUAAUUAGUGUUUUUGAUGUGCAUGACAUGAAGCAUACUUUAUCUGGUCUUUUUGAGGAAAAGAAAAGCUUUCUGAUAUUUUUAUUGCGUGAUUUAUUCAUUGCUCGAAUGCUUCAGACGUUUUUUGGUGGAUCUCUGAACCAAAGCAAUAUAGUGCUUGAUCCUUCUAUUAGCAUUCAAUCCUCUUCGUCAGAUUACUGUCCUACUCUUCGUGCCUUAUUAUUCUCUAUUUAUUGCCUCACUCAACUGGCGGAGACUUGUUCCUCAACCACAAAGUCGUUGAUGAGUGGGAAUCACCCACCCCAGUAAGAAUGAGCCAUGAAUGAAUGAAGUAAUCUUGAAGAAAAAAUUGCUCUCGGAAACCAUUAUCAUGAUUAUUAUUAUUAUUACCAUUAUUAUGGUUACUCUCGAUUGAAAUGAUUAGAGCUUGGAAGAUGGCUGUGGGUGUCGAUGUUCACCCCUCACAGAGGUGGCCGCAGGAGAUGAAGAAUUACGAUAA